AUGAACAUAUACACAUCACCCACGCGAGCAUCAGGCAACUUGCUCAGUGGUGGAGAGAAGCCCCGUCUGCCCAUGUUGGCCACGGAUGGCAGAAGUACAGAGAAGCGUUGCCUGGACGAAGACUGCGAGGCCAUACCGUGCUCGAGCCUGGACAUGUGCAAAAUCUACCCGAAAGGCCCACUGCUUGUUCUUCCGGAGCGUAUCUACCUCUAUUCGGAACCCACGGUGAAGGAGCUUUUGCCAUUUGAUGUAGUUAUUAACGUUGCUGAGGAGACACGAGACUUGCAAACGCAGGUUCCCGCCAUAGAGUAUCACCACUGCCGGUGGGAACACGACUCCAACAUCACGAUGGACCUGCUGUCCCUGACCAGCAUUAUUCACGCAGCUGCAGCGAAGAGGGAGAAAAUCCUGAUACAUUGCCAAUGUGGGCUGUCGAGGUCUGCGACGCUGGUGAUUGCAUACAUCAUGAAGUACCAUCAUUUGGGCCUGAGACACGCGUACGAUCUGCUGAAAUCAAGAGCAGACAAGAUAAGCCCCCCCAUGGGGCUAGUUUUCCAGCUGAUGCAGUGGGAAGUCGCUCUCAAUGCAAAUACUAACGUGCAGGCCCAUGAAUAUAGAAAACUACCAUAG